AUGUAUGACUGGGGAAGGGAGCCCAGGAAAAACCCAGAACACACUGGAGAGACUAUGUCUCUCGGAUCUCAUGGGAACGCCUUGAGGUCCUCCCAUAAGUGCUCACUGAAGUGGCUGGAGAAAGAGAUGUCUGGGCCUCCCUGCUUAUGGCCUUUUAGCUACUGGCUGAACUACAUCCUCUCCAUCAUGUACUGCAGUGAAAACAACCACAUCGGCUCUUACUUGGAGAAAACCCGAAGCUGCUCCUGCCCCUACGAGCAUAACCCCUGCCAAGGUGUGAUCCCCUGCACGGUGGGGGAUGGUACCUCAUGUGCAUCCUGCUCCUAUGAAAACCGUUCCCGCUGCGCCACCUGCAACCAGGGUUUCAUGCUGAGCCAAGGCGUGUGCCGUAACGAAGUGCCAGACUCCACCGACCAUUACAUUGGCUUUGAAACUGACCUGCAGGACUUGGAGCUGCGCUACCUCCUGCAGAAAAAAGACAACCGUAUCAGCAUCCAUGGGAUCUUCGUCAGCAAUGAUGUCAGGCUGAAUAACUGGUUUGACCCAUCAUGGAGGAAGAGGAUGCUGCUGACUCUGAAAAGUAAUAAAUACAAAUCAAACCAUGUCCACAUGCUCUUGGGGAUGUCUUUGCAGUUCUGCCUUACCAAAAACAGCACUCUCGACCCCAUGCUGUCUGUCUACAUCAAUCCAUUUGGAGGAAGUCACUCAGAGAGUUGGAUCAUGCCCAUUGACCAGAACAAUUACCCAGACUGGGAGAGGACUAAAUUAGACCUCCCCUAUGAUUGUUAUAACUGGACUUUGUCUUUAGGGAACAAGUGGAAAACCUUUUUUGAAACGGUUCACUUUUACCUGCGGAGCCGGAUCAGGGGCACUUCAAGUAACGGCAAUGGAACUGUUUAUUUUGAACCUUUGGAGUACCUGGAACCGGGACAAAAUCUGGGCUACAUGAAGAUCAACAGCAUCCAGGUUUACGGCUACAGUAUGCACUUUGACCCGGAGGCAAUCCAGGACUUGAUUUUACAGCUGGACUACCCGUAUACUCAGGGAUCACAGGACUCGGCCCUGCUGCAACUGCUGGAGAUCCGGGACCGAGUCAACAGGCUUUCCCCACCUGGAGCUCAGCCUCUGGAUCUGUUCUCCUGUCUGCUGCGGCACCGACUCAAACUGUCAACUACAGAUGUUGCCAGGAUCCAGGCAGCACUGCAGACUUUCAGUGCCAAGCAGCCCAACCCUGUUGAAUAUGAGACAACCAAAUUAUGUAGCUAAUAGGUGGGCAGGUGGCCAUGUGCACAGAUGCACUGAUAGAGCAGUUAUCCCAUAGGCUUCAUGAUGGUUAAGAGAUAUUCUAAAGUGGUGCAAUUAACAGUUUGGGGACAUUUUUAA